AUGAAGCGCCAACUUCCAGCUCGCUCAUUGAAGAGCCAGGCAGUCCCCACCCGCCAGUCAAAACGCCAGAGAUUGACAGACGCCCAUGCUCCAGAUGUUUACCAAGAAAUGUUGGAAGAGGCUGAAGCCCGAGACCCCGAGCAGUUUGCCUCGGACAGACCAAUUAAAAGGCGCAAGACUGGAGAUAUGAAAGCCAUCCCUAUCGAUGCGGGUUCUCCGGGACAAGCACACCGGCAUGCAGAAGCAAACAAACUCGACAUCCAGCAAAUGCAAACUGUGUAUGAUUCAUCGACAUCAGAAGAGUCAGAUGUUGAGUGGGAAGAUGUCGAAAUCCUGCAACCAGCCCAGUCGUUCCUCAAAGGACAAUCUGCCUUUCAGGGUGAUGACGGGAUGCUCCAGAUCACAUUGGAGCAAGAACCCGACAAGCGCAAAAAGGCUAUCCAAAGAAGGAAGCCUUUGACUGGAGCCGAGAGAAAAAUAAGAUUAGAUGUGCAUAAGGCUCAUAUUCUUUGCCUUCUUGGUCACAUUCGGUUGCGUAAUAUGUGGUGCAAUGACGAGGAAUUACAGGAAUUUCUGAAGAAGAUGCUACCAAGGAAAGUGAUUGCUCUUCUGCACCCCGAUGAGAACAAACCACAAUAUAGCAGAUCUACCACGUUCAUGGACGGUCUUAACCAGGCCGGAGAUGCUUUCACACGCAGAUUUCAGGUUACCAAAGCGGGAAUGAAACGAGCUCAUUGGGCUGAGCACGAGACCCAACUGAAGCAGAAAAUGGAAUCAAUUAUGUCGAACGCUGAAGUCUUUUUAUCCAAAGGAGAUUUUCGAACCCAGGCAAAGACAAUGCAAGGCUCUCGAGACUUCGGAGCUCAGCUCUUCUGUGCACUACUGCGGUCUGUAGCUGUGGAAGCAAGGCUUGUAUGCUCAUUGCAACCUUUGCCAUUCUCUGGUACUGUUAAAGACAUGUCGCCAUCUAAACCAAAGCCUGAAUACAUUGUCAUAUCCUCAGACGAACCUGGAUCUUCAACAGAUGACAACCGUAAGGCCGGGAAAUCAGCUGUGGCUUCAAGGAUUCGACGGAUCGGACAGCCUAAAUUCACUCCUUCCCGUCCCCCUCAGCCAAAAUCCCAUCCAGCUCGCCAUUCGAUAUCACAAGAAUCGUCGUUUCCGGUUUUCUGGGUGGAAGCUUUCAACGAAGCUGCGCAAAAAUGGGUUCCAAUCGAUCCCGUUGUCACAAAAUCUCUUGCCAAGCCUUCGAAAUUUGAACCACCUGCGAGUGAUUUAUAUAACUCGAUGAAUUAUGUGAUAGGGUUUGAAAACGACACCUCCGCGAGGGAUAUUACUCGACGUUAUGUGAAGGCAUUCAACGCGAAAACGCGGAAACUCCGCGUGGAAACUACACGGGAUGGCGAGAACUGGUGGAAAAAUGUGUCGAAGGCUUAUGAAAAGCCCUUCUUCGAAGAUCGAGAUGUGACAGAAAUUAGCGAACUUACAUCCAAAUCAGCAGCUGAGCCCAUGCCACGGAACAUACAGGACUUCAAGGACCAUCCUGUCUAUGCGCUUGAGCGACAUAUUCGUCGUAAUCAAGUGAUUCAUCCCAAACGAGUCAUUGGACACGUUAGUUUGGGAAGCAGCACGGUACGGAGUGAGACAUCAGAACCUGUCUAUCGUCGAUCCGACAUACAUAUUGUGAGAAGCUCUGAUAGAUGGUAUCGCCUUGGACGGGAUGUCAAAGUCGGCGAGCAGCCUCUCAAACGUAUUGCUGCAAGUCGAAAGAAGGGCGGUGUAUUCAGCGACGAUGAAGACGAAAACGAGCCCGCAGAGACCACACUAUACGCGGAGUUCCAGACGGAACUCUACGUUCCACCGCCGGUGGUACAGGGCAGAAUCCCGAAGAAUGCAUAUGGCAACCUUGAUGUCUACGUCCCCAGUAUGGUUCCGCCAGGUGGAGUUCACAUCAAGCGGCCGGAGGCAGUUCGGGCUGCUCGCAUCCUUGGUAUUGACUAUGCCGAUGCAGUCACUGGAUUUGACUUCAGAGGCCGACAUGGAACGGCUGUAAUCAGAGGUAUUGUCAUCGCAGCCGAGUACCAGGAAGCAUUGGAAGAAGUUUUGAGGGGUCUUGAAGAUGAGAGACAACAUGCUGCACUGGCAGCGAGAACCGCGGAGACUCUCCGGUUCUGGCGUCUCUUUCUGACGAAGCUCAGAAUUGCAGAAAGAGUUAAGGAAUAUGUAGGCGAAGAAGAAGAAGGCGAAAGAGAAGAAAAAGAGGCUGAAGAUAUCGAAAACGAAAUGGAUGCUGAGGAGGCUGGUGGUGGUUUCUUUCCUGAACCAGGGCAACCGACCAACAGCCCUUCUCCAGAAAUGCUCGGAAAGCACAAAUUUGUACAUGGUCAUGAUUCCCCCAAAGAUUAUGGCCAAAGAGGACUGGUAUCGGCACUAGACGAAGAGGAUUAUGCUCUUGGAGGUGGAUUCUUGCCUGACGAAAAUGAUUCACCUUCGGACUCAGGAGAACCCCUAAAGCCAGCGCCCUUGGCCAUAAACCAGCCAUUGAUUCCACAAAGCGCUACCAAGGGAAAGGAAUCAACGAUGCCUCGAUACUCACUAGUUGUUGUCCCUAGUCAAUGCUCAAAUCCAAUCCCGACAUAUAUCCCCCAAGGACUUGCAGGGUCAUCUGAGAAUGCUCCUAUCGCAGUGGAUUCAUCUACACAUGAUGGCUCCAAACCUGCGAGUGUUGUCACCAUCUCUCGACCAGCGUCUCCAUCCCAGGACCAACUCCAGCCAAUGGCACCCAAUUAUGGUUCUGACAGUGAGAUCGAAAAAGGAUCUUUGCUCUCAGAGGAUCCUGACGAUGAAGACGCGAUUCCGGAAUGGCUCAUGUUCGAUGAGGACUGA